CACCUCGUAGCGUUAAUCUCACACCCCGAUCCCCUUCAAAUCCGCCGGCCGACGCACCCCUCCCCCGGACGCCGCACAGGUGCAGCUCCCAAUCCCGAGGCGAGCCGAGGCCCAAACCCUAGCACCCGGGAGCUAUGGCGCGCCCGAGGGCUAAGAAGCGCACGGCGGCCGAGGCGGCGGCCACUGAUUCAAGCAAGCCGGAGGCGGCGGCGAAGGAGCCGGCGGCGGCCAGGCGAGGGCGGGGGAAGCGCGUCAAGGCGGCGCCGCCUAGGCCCGAGGACUACUUCCCCGAGAAGAGGAACCUCGAGGAUCUGUGGCUAUCAGUUUUUCCUGUUGGCACUGAGUGGGAAAACAUUGAUAAGAUAAAGGAAUUCAACUGGAACUUUGAAAACUUAGAGAAAGCAUUAGAAGAUGGGGGGGAACUUUAUGGGAAGACAGUAUAUGUGUUUGGAAGCACUGAGCCUCAGCUUUUGUAUGUUAAUGGUGAAUCGAAGAUAGUCCUUAUACCAGUUAUAGUUGUUGUAGAUUGCCCUUUCCCUCCAUCAGAUAAGAUUGGCAUUAAUUCAGUCCAAAGGGAAAAUGAAGAAAUACUGCCAAUGAAGGCCAUGAAGAUGGCAUGGGUGCCUUAUGUUCCCCUUGAGGACCGGCUCAGCAGGAUUGAUAGCUUGAAAACAAAAAUAUUCAUUCUCAGUUGCACCCAGCGAAGGUCUGCACUAAAGCAUCUGAAAACCGAGAGAGUCAAGAAGUUUGACUACUGCAUGCCCUAUUACAUGCCAUUGCAACCUAUUGAAGAUGAAGAUGACACAGUUAUCAAUUUCUUAUAUCCUCUAGAGCCACCGAUAGUUGAUGACUUCGACUGGGAAAUGGAUGAUUAUGAGGAUUUUGCUGAUCAGAAAGUUAAAGAUGAGCUCCUGCCGGAGGAUGAGAAAGAAAGAUUUAAGGAAUUUUUGAAGGAGAAGGUUAGAGAAAGGAAGAGGGAACUGAAACAGGCUAAAGAAGCCAGGAAGAAAGCCAUCGAUGAUAUGGAUCCUAAGAAAAAAGAGGCAUUUGAAAAUAUCAAAUUUUACAAGUUUUAUCCUGUGAAUACCCCGGACACACCAGAUGUUGACAGUGUAAAGUCAAAGUACAUCAACAGAUAUUACCGGAACACACAUUAUCUGAUCUAGGCAUUCCGGAUCUUACAUGUUUGGAUGUUAGGUGAGCUUGUCAUUGGUUGGGCUAUCCAAAUUGAAGAGUUGAUUCCAGAAAAUUUUGAAACUGGGGGCGAUCAGCUUGGCGACAUCUUCAAAUGUGGUCUCUUAUGGACCCACAGACCAUUGUUGCAUCUGAAGCCUGUUGUGCACUUGUGCUGGAUCGAAGGGUAGUGCCUCUUGUCUGAUGGUCUGGGGGCGAUCAGCUUGGCGACAUAUUCAAAUGUGGUCUCUUAUGGACCCACAGACCAUUGUUGCAUCUGAAGCCUGUUGUGCACUUGUGCUGGAUUGAAGGGUAGUGCCUCUUGUCUGAUGGUCUGGAACAGUUUUUGAAGGCUUCCUUAGUUGUUUGUCUUUUGCUUUCUUGGAGCUGAUUAAGCUUAGCUUGCGACCUUGGGUUCCUACAGUUCACCUCGAUGAACUAAACAUCUGUGUUUGGCCAAGGAAUGGUGAUAUGUUGGUUCUAGGAUCAGUUCCAUUGUUCUGACAAAGGCUAAUGGAUUCUUUUUGAUUGAAUUGGUAGUCAGUAACAUUUCUUUGUGCCCCAAUCUGGAAUUGAAACUGCUGAGUGAGCAUCUUGGAUGAAAAUGCAGGAUUUUGUUCGCUGCAAUGUUUGCUAACUUGCUUCAGUAGUAGAUGGCAUCACUUGCCUCUGUUCAAAGUUUUCUUGAGUGAAAAGGUUCUGUAGAUUCUUGUUUACUGCAUUGGUAAUCUCUGUUCCAUCUCUUGUGCCGCAAUGUCUGAACUCUGAACUGAUACUGCAUAGUGCCAGUGGCCAUCUUGUGAUGACAAAUGCAGGGUUUUGGUAAGAAA